AUGAUCGAUAAUCUGAUAAUAUUAAGAAUACAAAAUUAUAAGUAUAAUACAAAGGGAUAUUCAUUUGAAGAAUUAAAGAAGUUGCCUAAUUUCAGUAUAAUAACAUCAAAGAAUAAAAUCUAUUUUGGAUAAGUAUUCAAUGGUCUUAAACAUGGAAGAGGAGUAUUAUUAAUGGAAGAGGAACAUGUUUAUGAAGGAGAAUUCAAUAAUAAUCGUAAGCAUGGUCAAGGUUGGGAAGUUUUUCCAUCUAAAUCAAAUUAUAAAGGACUUUAUGUUAAUGGCAAACCAGAAGGUCAAGGGAAAUUUACUUGGGCAAAUGGCGAAUAUUAUGAAGGAGAAUGGUUCAAUGGUAAUAAACACGGAUAUGGAACUUGGAUGGGUUUAAAAGGUGAUAUGUAUACUGGAUAUUGGAUUGAUGGAAAACCUAAUGGUAGAGGUUAGCAUAAAUGGAUUAAUGGAGAUUAAUAUAAAGGAGAGUUUAAAGAUAGUUUAAAGCAUGGCUUUGGUGAAGAACUAUUUACAAACGGAGACAGGUAUGUAGGAAUGUAUUAAAAUGGAAAACCUGAAGGAGAUGGAGAAUAUUUUUAUUCUAGUGGAGCAUAUUUUCAUGGAAAAUUUUAAAAUGGUCUUAAAACUGGCUAUGGAGAAUAUAGAUGUUCGACAUACUCUUAUAAAGGAUACUAUGUGAAUGACAAAAAACAUGGAGAAGGUGAGUUAAUUUACUCAGAUGGAACCAAAAAAUAGGGAAAGUUCUUUAACGAUUUCUAUGAAAAAACAGUUCCAAGGUAAUCCAGUGUCCCUAGUAAUACCCAACCAAAUAAUACUCCACCUAAAAAUUAUUAAGAAAUAAUGAGAGCUUGUCUAAAGCCUCCUUCUUACUUAUCUUCUACUAAACCUAAUCCUAAAAAAUAAUAAGCCUCUCCCCUAAAUAAAACAGUUAUUGUCUAAAGAAAUAAGCUAGACUUUAAUUGUUCAGAAAAGCAGAAUAAAAAUAUUUAAUUAUAAUCUAGAAAAUUCAAAAAGAGAAUUUUAAGAAAGAGACAUCAAUCUUAAAUCAUAAGAUAAACAUGUUUUGUAAAAAAAAACUACGAAUAAUGUACAAAGUAAUAAAUCUUCGCCUAAAAACCAAUAAACAAUAUAUAAAUAACCUAGUAGAAGACCAAAAGAAUAGUCAUUUAGAUUUGA